AUGGCUUCAGAGAUCAAGGUUGAAGUAAUUCACAAGCACACAGUUAAGCCAUCAUCUCCAACUCCUCACCACCUUAGAAGUUUGGGCCUCUCUGGUUUUGAUCAGUUUCAACCUGAUAUUCAUAUCCCACUAAUUCUCUUCUAUCUCAGCAGUAGUGAUGAGUUUGAUAAUUUUGAUCAUCAUUCUUUGUUUGCUGAAAAAUCCAAGCUUCUAAAGAAAUCAUUAUCUGAAGCCCUCACUCGAUUCUACCCCUUUGCAGGAAAAUUCGAAUAUAAUGUUUCCAUCAGCUGCAAUGAUCAUGGAGCUGCCUUUCUUGAAGCGCAAGUGAACUGUCCCAUAUCAAAGAUUUUGGACAAACCUGAAUUUUCGAACCUAAAUCAAUUGCUUCCAACUGCUAUAGGAGCCAAACAAGCAGAAGUAAGCUAUCUUCUACUAGUUCAGGCCAAUUUCUUUGAAUGUGGUGGAUUGGCAAUUGGGGUCAGCAUUUCACAUAAGGUCGCUGAUGCCUCAACAUUCAGCACAUUCAUCAAAAGCUGGGCUCAAAUUGCCCUUGGCUCAACCAGCACUACCGAUCAUGUCGUGCUUCCUGCAGAAUUUGGUGUUACAGCUUCUCUAUUCCCACCCCAAGAUUUCUUCAACUCACCCCAACCCACCGUGCAUUUUCCUAAAGAGAAAUGUAUAACACGGAGGUUUGUGUUUGAUGCCUCAAAUAUUGCUGCUCUCAAGGCCAAAGCGGCCAGUGCCACAGUGCCAAAUCCUACACGAGUUGAAGCAGUGUUGGCGCUCAUUUGGAAAUGUGCAAUGGAAGCUUCAAGAUCGAAUUUGGGUUUUAAAAAGCCAUCAGUGUGUUGUCAAGCAGUGGACAUGAGGAAAAGAUCAUCAGGGCAGGCCUUUGCAGAAAAUAUAUUGGGGAAUUUUGUGUGGUGCUUCACGGCAAUGGCCUUAGAGAGUGAAUUUGACUUCGAAAGUUUGGUUGCUAAACUCAGAAAAAGCCUUGAGGAAUAUAGAGAAAAGUAUCCCAACGGAGUUAGUGGUGAUGUUGUAUUGCAAACCAUCGAAGAGUCUGGUAACCUGGCAAGGGAUGAUGUCGAAACCUAUAUGUGUACCAGUUGGUGCCGGUUUCCCUUCUACGAAACCAAUUUUGGUUGGGGAAAGCCGUCAUGGGUGAGCAUCCGUAGCAUCGAAAUCAAGAACAUGGUCACAUUGAUGGAUAUGAGUGACGGCAUGGGCAUAGAAGCGUCAUUGACUUUGAAGAAAGACGACAUGGCCAUGAUUGAAAGUAGUAAGGAGUUGCUUGCAUAUGCAACCCUGAACCCGACUGUGAUUUAG